AUGGAUGCAAAGGAGGCUAAACAGCUGUGGAUUGAGGAGGAGGCCUAUCACGAGUGGAGGUUUGAGAAGAUAGUCAGAGGGGAGGUGGUAGUUGAUAAGGAGUUGGACAAGAGAGGGCGGAGAUGGCGAGAGAAGAUGAACAAAAAAAAGCAAAAAGCUCAGCGGCCAGAGCAGGGCCGAACCCGUCCACUCUUGACACGCCUACGAAAACUGUACCACCGUUACCACGCAACGAGCAAUGUUAUUCUGGCCCCGCCUCUUACCGCUAGACCACGAGGGAACAUUUACAAGGACCGAGGACUUAUUGGGUUACUGAGGGGUGCUGAAAGGGAACCUUAUAAGGCCCAAGUGGUAGGUUCAGCGCCUAAGGUACCUAAGGUAGUAAGCGCCUGGCAGGUGCUGCGCGUUGGCACAGUGCCUUCUGCUGGCAUGCCGGUAGGUGCCGGGCUGUCGGUACACCCCAGAACCGGGCAGACAGCCAGAACGGCUGGUACCUCUACAGCUGGUACACAGCUGCCUGAUAGGUACCUCUAA